CCCGCCUCGCCUCUGCCGCUUGGGGCUGCCACAGAGAGACUUAAGUCUCAAAGAGACUUCCAGCUGUCAGUGCUGGCCCAGAGAAGGACAGGCGGCCAGUGCAGACAGGCGGGUGCUCAGGGCAGCCACACUGAGUGGGAGGCGACGUGGACAGACAGAUGGUGAAGGCAGUGUAGAGGCCAGCUACCGCAGUGAGGAGCCACAGAGCCUUUGCCUUGGGGGCUCUGGCUUCCACCUGGGCCCCUUUCACUGAGUUUGGCACCGAGGAGACGUGGCUUUGCCUGGGGAGACCGAGCAUCCUCCCAUGUCUGCGGUCCUGCCUGCCUAGCCACUGCCAGUUUCCCUCACCCUCACACGCACCUGGAGCCUGCACCUGCAUCUCAUGGCUGAUCUCAAAGCGGAAGCCCACGCCACUUUCGGAGCUUGGGACUAUGGGGUGUUUGCCCUUAUGCUGCUGGUGUCCACGGGCAUUGGGCUGUGGGUUGGGUUGGCAAGGGGCAGGCAGCGCAGCGCUGAGGACUUUUUCACAGGGGGCCGUGACCUGACAGCCCUGCCCAUUGGCCUCUCUCUGGCUGCCAGCUUCAUGUCAGCAGUGCAGGUGCUGGGGGUGCCAGCGGAGGCCUAUCGCUAUGGCCUCAAGUUCCUCUGGAUGUGCCUGGGCCAGGUGCUCAACUCCCUGCUCACCGCAGCACUCUUCCUGCCAGUCUUCUACCGCCUGGGCCUCACCAGCACCUACCAGUACCUGGAGCUGCGCUUCAGCCGUGCUGUGCGACUCUGCGGGACCCUACAGUACCUGGUAGCCACGGUGCUGUACACUGGCAUCGUCAUAUACGCACCGGCACUCAUCCUGAACCAGGUCACUGGCCUAGACAUCUGGGCAUCGCUCCUGUCCACCGGAGCCAUCUGCACCUUCUAUACGACUGUGGGCGGCAUGAAGGCUGUGGUCUGGACUGACGUGUUCCAGGUGGUAGUGAUGCUGGCUGGCUUCUGGGUUAUCCUGGCCCGAGGGGCCAUGCUUGUGGGGGGAGGGCAGUACGUGCUGGAGCUUGCCCAGAACCACUCCCGGAUCAACUUGAUGGACUUCGACCUGGACCCAAGGAGACGCUACACGUUCUGGACUUUCGUGGUGGGCGGCACACUGGUGUGGCUCUCAAUGUAUGGCGUGAACCAAGCACAGGUGCAGCGCUAUGUUGCUUGUCGAACGGAGAAGGAGGCCAAGCUGGCCUUGCUCAUCAACCAGCUGGGCCUGUUCCUGAUUGUGUCCAGCGCCGCUGGUUGUGGCAUUGUGAUGUUCACACUCUACGUUGACUGUGACCCUCUCCUCUCAGGGCGUAUCUCUGCCCCUGACCAGUACAUGCCCCUGAUGGUGCUGGACAUCUUCAAGGGCCUGCCUGGAAUCCCGGGGCUCUUCCUGGCCUGUGCCUACAGUGGCACCCUCAGCACUGCAUCCACCAGCAUUAAUGCCAUGGCCGCGGUCACAGUGGAGGACCUCAUCAAACUGCAGAUGCCUAGCCUGACACCCCAGAGACUCAUACUCAUCUCCAAGGGGCUCUCACUCAUCUAUGGAUCAGCCUGUCUCACAGUGGCAGCUCUGUCAUCGUUGCUGGGGGGCGGAGUCCUCCAGGGUUCCUUCACCGUCAUGGGAGUCAUCAGCGGUCCCCUCCUUGGAGCCUUCAUCCUGGGGAUGUUCAUCCCAGCCUGCAACACGUCAGGUGUCCUUUCUGGGCUGGCUGCUGGAUUGGCGCUCUCACUGUGGGUGGCCCUGGGCGCCACUCUGUACCCACCCAGUGCGCAGUCCAUGGGGGUACUGCCAUCCUCGGCCACCAGCUGCAUGGUGCCCUCAGCCAAUGCCUCUAACCUCCUGAGCGUGCCCCUCACACUCAAUGUGUCUGACUGGGCCCCGAGCCCGAGAAUGGACUCUGGUCGACCAGCCUUAGCUGACAGUUUCUAUGCCAUCUCCUAUCUCUAUUAUGGUGCCCUGGGCACACUGAGCACUGUCUUAUGUGGAGCCUUCAUCAGUUGCCUGACAGGCCCCACCAAACGUAGUGCCCUGGGUCCCGGGCUGCUGUGGUGGGAUCUUGAGCGGCAAACAGCAUCAGUGGCUACUAAGGAAGAAGUGGCCACCCUGGGUGACAGUUUGGUGAAGGGGGCUGAGGAACUAACCUCCAAAGCCAAGAGGCCCCCUGACUUCCUGCCUGCUGAUGAAGAACAGCUGCUCUUCCUGAGGCAGAAGGAGGUGAAGAGGCCUGGUUCCUCCACCGCUGGACGUGGACAAGAUGGUGAUCAUGACAUGAAGGAGACAGACCUCUGAGCACAGGCCAGUGCAAGACUGACCAGCUGGGACAGAACCUCAGUAGCCAACCCCACGCCAGGGGCCAGUGUGUCAUAUAUAUGCACAUGGAACUACAGUGAGAGUUCUGUGGGAAGAGGCAAAGCCCUGCCUCCAGGAGGGCACUUUAUCCAACCCCCUGCUUCCUGAAAACCCCUAGUCUUAGAUGCUGUAUCCCUUCCUGUCCCCUGCCCCAAAAGGCCAGAUUGGGGACCUCCCUGGUGACACAGAGGUUAAAGCACAGCACUAAGAAGCUAUCGCCAGCCACUGC